AGUACAACUCCAUACUCUCCUCCAAAAGUUAUCCCUCACUCUCAACCCCUCGACCAUCUACCCACCACCACCGUUUCCAACCCGCCGUACCACCCACCCACAAAACCCUCCCUCAACCAACCAACCGACCAGAAAAAUGUCCUACACCAACCCCACCGGCACCGCCAUCAACACCACCACCACCACAGGAGGAACCACGGGAGGCGCAGGCGCAGGCGCAGUAGGAAGCACUGCGGAGGACCGGGCGCGCUUCGUCGAGUACACGUGCGGCGACUGCGACGCGUCCGUCAGCCUGAAGCGGGGGGAGCCGAUCCGGUGCCGGCAGUGCGGGCAUCGCGUGUUGUACAAGCAGCGGACGAGCCGGAUGGUGCAGUUCGAAGCGCGAUAGACUCCGGGUGCGCACGCCCAUAUCUCCAGCAGAAUACGAACACCCACCCACCCACGCACGAAGCGAAGCCGGACAACGGAGAAGAAGAAUCAGGGUGAGGAGGCCAGAAGCAUCAUCGACGGGAAGUCCCUCCUACCUGUAAUUCACCAUGGAGAAGAAAGAAAAGGAGUAAAGCGUCAUGAGGCAUUUGUCUUUUUUCAAAGCAUGGCGCAUACGGAUCACUACAAAUAAUAAAGCUUUGCAUGCUUCAGUCCUACGUAAUCAACUGAGCACAAUCAAUCACAGGAAAACAUGAGCAUCAAUCAGAACCACGCAUAUCCAGAUAUAGAGCUCAAAACCAUCCGCAUUUCGUGCGGCCAUGC